GGUUUCGCCUUCCAGGGAUAUUCAGGCGAUAACUUCAGCGGCAACGCAAGCCCCAUCGUGCGUGAUGAGCUGUUUACGGACUUUGCCUUCAAUUGUUCCUCGUACGUGUGGAUACCAAACGGGACCGACUGCUGUGUCACGUUUUGUGCCAACAGGACAGUCAGCGGGUGGGUGGGCUGGUGGUGCUCGGAGCGACGGCAAAUCAAUGCGAGCAGUCUGUUCGAGAGAAUCUAUAUUGGGUGUGGGGAUGAGGGAAAGCUUGAAGAUAGCGGAAGGUGUAUUUGA